GCUUUUACGCACAGACCGGACAGUCCGCUUUCCACGCUCCCGGAGAACACGAGUGAGAGAGCGGACUGUGGGAGAGUUAAAAGUGAAAGGAAAAAGACGCACGAGUGUUUUUUUUUCCCCCAACUGGAAAAAAGACAGAAGAAGAAGAAAAGUGUGUGAGUGUGUGUGAAGAGGAGAGACAGGAGGAGAGUGUGUGUGUGUGUGUUUCAACACUCCUCCAACACUUCUCAUGUCGCUCCCCGGCUCCCCUCCGCUCCUCUCGCCGGGCUCCGGCGCUCCUCCUCCGGCCGCGCUGUACCGCUCGGUGUCGGACGCGCUCCACAACUCCGUCGCCUCCACCGGCACCUCCAGCCCGGCGCACACCAACUCCAACUCCCACUCCCACUCCCACUCCCACUCCCUGUCCCCGUCCCCGCGGCUCACCAGCAGCAUGCUCAGCGCCUUCCUGCCCGGGCUGGGGAACGGCGGCGCCGCCCAGCUCGUGUCCGGAGGAGCCGGCGCCCUGGGUCCCCUCGGCGGGCUCUCCUCCCUCAGCCAGGCCGGCCUGACCCCCGGCUCUCCCGGCCUGGUGCAGACCUCCUCCUCCUCCAGCCCGGGUCUGUGCACCGAGUGCAAGCUGGUGGAGGUGCACGGCGUGAAGGUGGCCAGCUUCAGCGUGGACGGCCAGGAGCUGAUCUGCCUGCCGCAGGUGUUCGACCUCUUCCUGAAGCACCUGGUGGGCGGGCUGCACACCGUGUACACCAAGCUGAAGAGGCUGGACAUCUCCCCGGUGGUGUGCACCGUGGAGCAGGUGCGGGUCCUGCGGGGGCUCGGCGCCAUCCAGCCCGGCGUGAACCGCUGCAAACUCAUCUCCAGGAAGGACUUCGAGGUGCUGUACCAGGACUGCACGAGCGCCAGCUCUCGUCCGGGCCGUCCUCCGAAGCGUUGCUCUGGUGCAGGGAUCCAGGAAAGCCCCAGGCUGCUGCACCCGGGCCUCCCCGGCCUGCUGUCCCCCAACCUGCUGUCGCACACGGGUCUGACAGCAGCAGCCAUGGCUGAGCUGCAGAAGCUGCAGAAGAUGAAGAUGAUGAUGAGUCUCCAGAACGGCAACGAGUCGGACAACGAUGAUUUACACUCCAACACAGGAGGGAGUGAGUGUUCAUGGGACAAGGAGCGUCUGACCAGCCCCCCUACUGGAGUCCACGGCGGAGGACCAGGAGGAGGAGGGCCACCAGUAGGAGGAGGAGCUGGGGGAGGAGGUGCAGCAGGAGGAGGUGGAGGAGGAGGGAGGGGGCAGAGCAUGGGAGCUGUCAAUCAACAACAACUCCAGCAGCAACAACAGCUAUUGGCUAACAGGUUGGACCUGCCCUUCAUGAUGAUGCCCCACCCUCUGCUGCCCAUGGGACUGCCUCCUGCCUCUGUAGCCAUGGCAAUGUCGCAGAUGAACCACCUCAACACCAUCGCCAACAUGGCCGCCGCAGCCCAGCAGAUACACACUCAUGUACAUCGCGCACCUGUCAUCAAGGAGAGGGUGUGUGACAGUCCUUCUCUCUCUCCAUCUGUGGAUGAGACUAACACUCCUCUGCAGUCGCAGCCCAGCAGCUCGGCCUCCAGCUCGCCCGAAAGACUAGGAUUGGUGUCAGCAGAUGCAGAUGUUGCGCUGGCCAACCCUGCUGCGCCCAUCAAGAAAAUAACAAAGGACAAAGUUGGUUUUUUCUUCACAGAAGAGUCUUCACUUGGACACACCCUGCCCCCUGGAUUCCCCGCCCCGUUCCUAUUCGCCGACGGCCUGUCGUCUGUGGAGACUCUGCUCACGAACAUACAGGGCUUGUUGAAGGUGGCGGUGGAGAACGCCCGGGUGCAGGACAAACAGAUCCAGGCGGAGAAGAGGGAGCUGAAGAUGGAGCUCUACAGAGAACGAGAGAUGAGGGAGAGUCUGGAACGACAGCUCACCUCCGAACUACAGAGCAGAGCCUCGAUCCAGAAGCGUCUGAAGAAGGAGAAAAAGGCCAAGAGGAAGCUGCAGGAGGCGCUGGAGUUCGAGUCGAAGAGAAGGGAGCGAGUGGAGGACGCUCUGAAGCACUCGUCUUCGUCCUCCCCCUCUCCGGAGCCGCUGCACGUCGCCAACAACAACAACACCAAGAACGACGCUGCUGUAGCCGAGGAUAAACCUGAACUUAAUGGAAACCAGCAAGACAACGGUGCUGUACAAGAAUCCCGGCCGUUUCUCAAGACCCCCAUGAUGUUCUAGGAACACAAAAGACUCCCAACUUCACAAAACCCUGCCUCUUCCUAAACGUGUCCCCGCCCCCUCCUGCACAGAAGAACUCCACCAGCCCGGUUUCUACGGCAGCCCGGAUCCCCACCGCAACGACCUCCCCCGGCGGGAUUCUAUCUUUGCAAACUUUUAAAUGUUGCUCCGAUAAACAAUGAGACCACGCAGACACGCAAAACCCCCAAUUUUGGACUUACAUGGGGAGGUGUGUCUACUUCUUUCUUCUCUUUCAUCUUUUUGGAAAAACUUAAAACCAUUCAUUCCCAUUUUUCUCCCUGCAUCAGGACUUCUUUCAUCCAUUGAUUGGUACGAAAACUGACAAAUACGCAUUAUUCCCGAGCAAAGGCAAGGACAAGAGAAUCAUUAUGAAGGAAAUGAACCGGACUUGAUUUGGACAGACAAAUUCAAGAGUCAGCUUGGUGGAAAUGCUUGGGUCAAAUGACUGGUUCUUUUAAAUGGGGAAUAUUUGAUCCACAGGACCAAACAACUGUUUCUGAAGGUGGAGAAAAGACAAUAUCGGUUUAAUGAAAACACUAAAGGUUCUUCUUUACGCUCUAAAAGAAAAUUGACGUUUUGUGACCCAUCUCUGGAUUUGACGCAACUUCUGAACCCUCCUCUGAUUGGACGAUAUCAGCCUUUCUGAGGAGCUCGGGCCUCGAAGAAGAGCAUUUUCGGAAAAAAAAAUAAGUGGAAGAAAACAUCGAUAGGGGGGAAAAAACUGAAGAAAAACAGGAGGAAAACAACUUGAGAGGCUAUUUCUGUCUCUCACGUUUCAUUCAUUUUUGUUUUCCGUACAGGGACUGAAAAAAAUGCAUGGGAAAACUUGUCUUAUGUUGUCAUUUGGCUCUCUCUUAAACAUCCUCACUUUCUUUACUUCAUUCCUUCCCUGUCCCCUCCUCUUCUAUAUCUCUUUUUUCCCCUCUUUAUUUUCUCUUCUUCUGUCUGUAAGGAGGCAUUACUCUGAAAGUGUUGGAUGCAGCUUUUCAAUGUAUAACAUGUUUUCUAUCACCCUUAACUUGUGAAAUCAGUUUUCUCAAACGAUGCAAAAGUUUAAAAAAACAAAACAAAAAAAAAACCUUUUUUUAUUAUGAUGGAGUGAUUUUUAGACACGAUAUUAUAUCCUAAAAAGGUACUUUGAAUUCUAUUCCUUCACUUUGGACAUUUUCACCUUUUGAGCCCUGUUUGACUCCCCUGACCUGAAACAAUGAAGUCGAGUUUCUGGUGUUUGUGAUAAAAACUAAAAGAGCUUGAUUUUCCCAACUCUAUCAUGACUUUCCAUGAUUCUCUUCAGUUGUAGAAAUCAAGCGCUCCUCAGCUAAAUCAAACACACAGAAACUUUUUAUCCCCUGGUUUUUCUGACCUAUUACGAGUGCAGACUGUUGUGUUGCAGUUUUCUUUAUUCCACCGCGUGUUUUUAUUUGUUUGUUUCAUUGUUAUUUACUAUCUGAAAAAUGUACGGGAGGGGGGGAUGAGGAGGG